GACGCGGCUUGCGAAGUGUAUAUAUGGAGGUCGAAAAAAAAGGACUCCGUCGUAGCGACAGGAUGCGAGAUGAGCGCCAUGCUUCGACGCAGAGCCGUCAGCCUGUCUAUCAGACAAAUCGACAAGUCCGCCACCGCCCGCCUCUCGCUGCCGAACCCGCGCCCCAGCCACGUCAGUCCGCGGCUCGACGAGCUGGUCAAAUCGCGCUUUCUUCGAUGCAUCCUCUACGGCGUGCAAGACGUCUCGUCGACCGACUGUGAAGAUCGAACAGUCCUCGCGAAGGACCAGUCGUCUGCCGAGACCCAGCCGUCCGCGCGGACCGUCGACGCCGAAGAGCUUCUCGCCUCGACGUCCGGUUCAGACUCGAUCCCGCGAGGCGUCAAAGGCCAUCUCGACACGCUCAUCGACCCAAGUGGCAUUCUUCGUCCCGUCGUCGGCGGUGUUCAAGACUCUGUAGAUGCGCAGACCACCCCCCUUCAGCCGAACGAGAUGCCAAAGCCAGGACAACCUUAGAGGGGAAUAGAACCAAGUCUCGCUGGUCUGCGCCAAUCUCUCACAUUUCGUCGGAGCCCGCCCCAAAAAAAAUUGCAAACAAAAGCUCUUCAAAAAGUGUUGAUGCUCCAGUUGAGGCUCUGCUUUUGGCUCAAAAUCCUUGCGGUCACGGACUUUCCACCAGCUCAAGGUCUGGGCUUCGCACUUUGGCGCGGCCGUAUCGAGCUUUGUCAGUUCCAUCAUUCGUUCCUUAGCUAGAUUACACGCACGACUAGAAUGGAACACGUCGCGAGUGUCAAGAUCGAGAAAGAGCGAGAUGAAGUUGGUUGGGCAGUCAACAUGACAUCAUAUCGAUACAUGUGUGGUAAACUUUAAAACAAUAAAUUCAGAACGUCUCAAGAAUAAAAAGUCCACUCGGACUAUUUGACGUCUCCGCUAACCCCCU